ACUUUCCAUUUUGCUUCUUAAACCCUUCUUUCCAUGGCGGCGAGACCUAAACGCUGAAAAAAUUAGAUCAAAGAAGAAGAAUUUCUUCCAUUCUGCAAACAUGCCCACCUUCACCACCAUCGCCUUGGAAAAUCUACUCGAACCUAGGGUUCGGCACUCCUCCAAGAAGCAGCUUUUCCAUGGAGAUUCGGAAGAUCUCAACCCGAGAAACGAGGGUACGAGACACCUGUACAUAUCGCCGGCUUUGUACGCUACCCCGGAUCAGGCUCCGUUACCUGAGUUCUCCUCGCCCGACCCGGUCCUGCCUUCUCCGUACCUGGUGAACCUCAAACGCCGCCGCGGAGGAAACCAGAGGAGCGGAGCUCCGGAAUUGCCGGAGGAGGUUUUGGAGAAUUUUGCGAUUGAGGAAUUUGUGGGGGAAGACGACGGCGGUGGAGAGGAGGAGGGGUUUCUCGAUCCGAAGAGUGAGGCGGCGGCGGAUGAAUUGAACAUAACUCAAUUUGAUUGCCGGAGCCUUGUCUCUGCUCCAGGGGAUUUUUUCGACGCCAUUGAUGAAUUCUCCUCCGACGGAUCCAUUUCAAACACGCCAUCACAUGAUUCGAUCGAAUCGGAACUGCGUGCCUCGAGGCUCCAUCUUCUCGACGAAAUCGAAAGGAGAAAAUCCGCCGAAGAAACUCUCGAUUCAAUUCGCAGCCAAUGGGAGAGAAUCCGUAGCAUCAUGUCCGAUGCUGGUUUAACAUUUCCUGCACUUCCAAUCGGUAGCGACGCAUUGCAAAUCGAGAAUAAUAAUACAUUGGACCAGAUUUCUCAGGAAAUUAUCGUCACUAAAUUCGUCGCUGACGCAAUUGGGAGGGGGCAAGCGCGGGCCGAAGCUGAAGAGGCUGCUUCGGCUAUCGUUGAAUUGAAAGAGCAGCAGAUUAUGCGGUUAAAGGAUAGGCUGCAGUACUACGAAACCGUUAAUCACGAAAUGUCUCAGAGGAAACUUGUCGAUGUUGCGCGUAAACAACAAGAAAGGAAAAGGAGCAGGCGAAGGUGGCUGUGGGGAAUUAUGGGGUUGUCGAUUGCAAUAGGUGCUUCGGUAGUUGCUUAUUCGUACAUUCCUCGGAAUAGUGAAUGCCUUUCGUUGCUAAAAUCCGACGACUCUACUGAUGCCACCUCAUCACUUGGCAUAUCUGAAACCACAACUUCCGAGGUAUAAUUAGCAGCUGCGUAUUGAGGGAGCUAAGCUAUAUUUCUUCACUGGUUCAAUACUUUGAAAUUUGUCCUGUAUUUUUCUAGUUAGUGUUCGAUCAAAGAUUAGGUAGGUGAUUCGGUUUUAGUUCGGGUUUAUUUUACAACUUAUUUUAUAAAUUUGUUAGACAGUUGUUCUCUUGUGACAAGUUUUUUUUGGCCUCAAUUGCCUGAAGCAAUGUACAAGAACUAUAACCCAGGUGGUAUUUGAACGAAACGACACAUACAUAACAGACCGAUCCGAUCAGAA